AUGAUACAGUCAGACAAAGGAUCAGAUCUUCCAGAUGAAAAAGACAAGAAGGACGAGAAGUUCUCUACGGGAACCAAUCCGGAGAACGGGAUCUCGCACCUCCUGAGGCUCGUGCUACAGGAGCUGAACCUGUUCUACACCCGAGACGUGAACGGAGUGUGUCUCUUGUACGACCUCCUCCACUCCCCGUGGCUGCAGGCUCUGCUCAAGGUUUAUGACAGCCUCCAGGAAUUCAAAGAGAAGAAGUUUGUUCCUGCCACAACCCAUGCACAGGCAUUAUCCUGCGAGGUAGUGAAGAUACUACAUGAAACUCCCAAGUCCCCUGAGAUCCAAGAGCUAAGACAGAUCCUUCAGGUUCCACACUUUAAGGCUUUGCUCAGCGCCCAUGACACGGUAGCUCAGAAGGACUUUGAGCCCCUUCUUCCCCCACUGCCAGACAACAUCCCUGAGAGCGAGGAAGCAAUGAGGAUUGUUUGCUUGGUGAAGAACCAGCAGCCCCUGGGAGCUACCAUCAAGCGCCACGAGAUGACAGGGGACAUCCUGGUGGCCAGAGUCAUCCACGGUGGGCUGGCCGAGAGGAGUGGGCUGUUAUACGCCGGAGACAAACUGGUGGAAGUGAAUGGAGUUUCCGUUGAAGGACUGGACCCUGAGCAAGUGAUCCACAUUCUGGCCAUGUCUCGUGGCACAAUCAUGUUCAAGGUGGUUCCAGUUUCUGACCCUCCUGUUAACAGCCAGAAGACGGUGUAUGUUCGUGCCAUGAUCGAGUACUGGCCCCAGGAGGACCCCACCAUCCCUUGCAUGGAUGCCGGGCUGCCUUUCCAGAAGGGGGACAUCCUCCAGAUUGUGGACCAGAAUGAUGCUCUCUGGUGGCAGGCCCGGAAAAUCUCUGACCUGGGUACCUGUGCUGGCUUGAUCCCUUCUAACCAACUUCUGAAGAGGAAGCAACGGGAGUUCUGGUGGUCUCAGCCGUACCAGUCUUACAACCACCUCAGAUCCACCAUCUCGAUUUCUAUGGAGGAAGAUGAUGACAUGAAGAUUGAUGAGAAAUGUGUGGAAGCAGAUGAAGAAACAUUUGAAUCUG